UAUGUAUUUCCCGCCAGUGUUGGCCGAUAGCGAUUAUCUACUCAACGAAACAAUUAAAUAUGCUGGCGGCGAGAAGCCUGAGAAAGGCGGCGAUCCCAUCAACCCUAAUUGAUAAUCCUUCGCCGGGAAAUAUACAGCCCACUCGUCUCGCCCUCCAUGUUAAUGAGGAUAAUUCUUCUUGUUGGCUUUACAUGGCCUCUGCCUCUCAUAUCUACAAACUUCAGAUUCUGAUGCAAGAUUCUUCUUCUAUCAAUAAAGGGAAAGAAAGCCUCCUUAUCCCUGUACAGGCUCAGGUGUCGGACGCUUCAGUUGUAAAUCGCUGCCCGCAUCGUUCAGAAAUUCAGAGUAUAGUUCUUUGUGAAACUGAAAGCCCUGGUUCCAUGGUUUUGGGAAGUGUAGAUUGUUAUGGCCAUCUUAUUGUAUCUAAACUAGAUGGCAGUGGGAAAGAUAUCGACAGGCUUACGUAUUCAGUAUUGCCACAGGAUUCAGGUGUUGGAGAAGGUAGUUGGGCAGGCCUCUGCUUUAGUCCAAGUCAAUGGUCGACGGCAGCUGUAGCGCGUAGCUUUUGCAAAAGCAUUGAUCUUUAUGACCAAGAUAUUCACCUGCGAACCUUACGAACACUCUGGUACCCAUCCUCAUUGAACUUCUUGCAGAAUUUAAGUAAUGGGAAUGAGGGUUCAAUUUUAGCCAUCACGGAGGGCUGCCAGCUGUCAAUAUGGGACGUGAGAAUGAAAGAAAAAGGGGGCUGUCUACAUCGUAUAUGUGGUUCUCUUGGUGAUAAUUUCUAUGCGGUCUGCAGUUCCUCAACUGGUAAUUUAGCAGUAGGUGGAGCUGAUCGCAAUGUGACCAUUUAUGAUCCUCGCAGAUGGUCACCACUAGCAAGAUGGAUGCAUUGUUCAAAGUACGAGAUAACUGGACUUGCAUUUUCAUCUGUAAAUCCUGAUUACAUCUAUAUCCAAGGCGUUGACUAUGAGGUCUUCUGUGGGCAAUGGAAAAACAGCGAAAAAGUUUUUUCGUUUAGAGGAGACUCAAACUGGCUUGGGUUCAGUAAGUGUUCCGACAGAGACAUAGUUGGCGGAUGGUGCGAUUCUGGUAGCGUAUUCGUGGCUGAUGUGGUCGCAGCAAAUGGGACCGAAAUAAACAACCUGCACUGUUGAGCUGCCUUGUCAUGUUUUUGACUAGCUUCAUCAUCAUAUUCAUGUGUUGAAGCAGUUAUUUUGAGCAUCCAGUGAUUCAAGUCGAGUCAUCACAUUAAUAAGCCAUAACCUCUUCUAAAGGAAGAAGUCAGAGCGUAUAAUCCUCUACCCUGUUUCCUGGAAUACGACAUCCACUUUAGUUUUCGGUUUGAUCAUCCAAGUCGGGGUCGCAGUCGGGAAAUAGAAAUAGAUGUAUCAGAUAAUAAUAAAUGUAAAUUAGACCUUUUGAAGUUUAAUACCAAAUCAUAAUACGCAGGAUGAUAAUGUUUGAAUAGUAAACUACAUUGCUGUUUAUUUAUCUUAAAAUACUAAAAUUUAAUAGUCAAAAAAAUUUAAAUAUUUGCGGUUUU